GAAGAGUGCAUGUUCAACACGUGUGAGAAUUUCCUGUUCUUGAACCCGUUCGCUACGAUUUUCUAGGUGUUUUAUCUAUUUUGACGUUCCUACACGGGGACUGGUGUAAUUGGUGCAGCUAGCACUGCUAGAGCUUGUUUUCUUGUUUUUCGUCGUGAUUGGGUGAUUUACUUCUGCUAUAUUUUUAAUUCGAGCGUUUGAGUAGUAUAUGAUUAUGUUUAUGUCAGAUUUUUACAAACGUCUCUUUGAUAUGACGUGAGCGAUUUACGCCACGAUUAUCCCAAGCGACGAAAGUAACAUCAUUCGAUCUUGUGCGCGUCUGUCAAUAUGGCUGAGCGUCCUAUUGAAAUUAAUGUUGAUAUUGACGUACCAGCUCCUAACCCACAACAAAAUCGUAAUGGUGAUGCAAGAGCGCAGGGGCAGAAUAAUACUCAGUUCGGUGUUGUGCGUGAUCGGCUAUUUCACGCUAUGUUGGUGAAAGUCGCGUUAAGCUAUAGCUCUCAUGUGAGCAUAUUCUGGCGGCGGGUUAUCGAAUUUGUUUCUCUGUUGAUUGCACUUUCAUUACUUUGUACUCUGUUGUUUGUUCAUUUGAUGUUUACUCGUUCAUCCACUUCUUGCCUCGAUCAUAUAAAGGACUCAUGGCCAAAAGAUGGAGUAGUUCGUCUAGAGGUUGUGCAUAAUCUUCAAAUGCUAGAGUACAAGGAAAACUGGAUCAACUGGUAUAAGAAUGAGCGAAGGCGGAUGACGUGUCAUUUUAAUCCGGUAGAUGUGCUUCUUUAUGGUCCUCAAGCAAUACCUGCUGAAAUGCGAGCUGGACGACCACAAACAACAGAGAAAUUAAUAGCGCCGAACAACAGCAAUGGGAGUGGUCAACGAAACGAGCAUGAAGCGCCACGCGAAUCUGGCCUUCUGAGCUAUUUUCUUCGCGUUCCUACCGAACUGCUUCUGAAUAAUGAGCAAUCGUCUGAUUAUGAGUCUUACGAUGACUACGAAGAAAGUGAAGAGUAUUCUGGUGCAGUGUAUGAGCAGGAAAUCGAUGCUGAAACAGCAUUUAGUGAUCAUUUUCGCCAACGUUUCAAACCCGAAGACGCGUAUCGUUAUGAGUACAGAGUGGAGUACUCUCUUCUCUAUGGAAUUCUUCGCCUACCUGUUUCGUUUCGACACAAACACAAUAUCACUACCCUGUGGGCGAGAGUUGACGCAGACUCAGACUGCUUUGGAGAUGCUUUCUCUCGACGAGUAAUGCGUGCUGUCAUUGGAUUCGAGGAUGUUGUCAUGGCUAGUCUCCGUGCACUCGCACAGAAUUCUAGUGAAGAUGACUCAUCUGGACUUGGAUAUUUGCACGAUUUGUCGACAAACGAACACUUCCACUUCGUUUCAUUCAUGAUGUCCAAAAGCAGCUAUAUCACAGCAGCUAUUGUAAUGCUAAUAUUCACGUUUGCCAUCUCAAUGCUUCUCCGGUUUUCUCACCAUCAGAUAUUUCUCUUUAUCGUGGAUUUAUUGCAUAUGUUUGAACUGAAUCAACCGCUCGUAUUUCCUGCAGCUCCGCUUCUCACUGUUAUCCUUGCAUUAGUCGGCAUGGAGGCAAUAAUGUCCGAAGUUUUUGCUGAUACAACAACAGCGUUUUAUGUAAUUCUUAUUGUUUGGAUUGCUGAUCAGUACGAUGCCAUCUGUUGCCAUUCGCAUGUCAGUAAGCGAUUUUGGCUAAGAUUUUUCUACCUAUACCAGUUCUUCUUCUACGCCUAUCAAUACCGAUUUGGAGGUCAGUAUGGUGGAAUGGCGUUAAUAACGUCAACAGCUUUUAUAAUUCAUUCCAUGAUAUUUUUCUUCCAUCAUUAUGAGAUGCCUCUGAUACUGUAUCAAGAUCGAUUGCAACGUAUUCUCACAGAAAUCAAUACUGCGCCGCCAGCUGGCCCCUUGGACGUUCAGCAAGUUACUGUUUCGAUCCAUACGCGUCCUGUGGCACAGGACAACCCUACUGAUGAGCAGCAUCAAGGGGAAAUCCACGAGCCAACAUCGCCAGUACAAGAGCAUUCUACGCAGAAUGGUGCUGUAGGAUCUGCUAACCACACUGAUGCUGAUGUAACAGUUACUGGGGAAGCAUCAGUUUUGAACUCCACACUUCCGUCCUCAUCUACGGAUCCUGUUGAAAGAAUAGCGGAAGAGUCUUUACAUCGUGUGGCGACUUCGAAUUUACCUGUUGUUUUUAUAGUCAAGAAGCUUAGAGUCCAAAGACUGUUCUAG